AUGCCAUUUAUGAGUACCACCAAUCUUACGGUUAAGACAACCGGCGCCGCCGCCGCCGCCGCCGCCGCCUCGUCGUCGGGGGGCGGCGUUAUAGAGGAGAAGAAGUACAAGGGAGUGAGGAAGAGGAAGUGGGGGAAGUACGUGUCGGAGAUACGCCUCCCCAACAGCCGCGACCGCAUAUGGCUCGGGUCGUACGACACCGCGGAGAAGGCGGCGCGCGCCUUCGACGCCGCGCUUUUCUGCCUCCGCGGCCCCACCGCCAACUUCAACUUCCCAGACGACCCGCCCCGUAUUCCCGGCGGCCAGGCUCUCGCCCCGACCGAGAUACAAGCCGUCGCGCAGCACUACGCCAACAGCUCCGGGGGCGAUAAUCCCCCGGCGGCCGUGGAAUUGGAGGAUGCAUCGCCGCCGUCGUCGAACUCCAUCGACUGGUCAUUCUUGGACUUGUUGGAUAAUUCCGACGGUACUAAUACUACCGGUGGAGGUAAUGCGGGCCAUGUUUCGGAUUACGGGCUUUUUCACGACCCGGCCGAAAUGUACAUACCACCACCACCACCUAUUCCUGAUGAUAACGACGAUGACCAUGGAAUUGUGCCUUCUUUUCUCUGGAAUUUCUGA